UUAUCAGUUCAUUCAUUCGUGAAGAAUAUGGACUGAGAGAAAAAAGUUACUAAUAAGUUAUGUGUAUCUUUCACAUUUGGGGCCACACGAAAGCAAUGGAUACACCACAAAAUUCAAAAGCAGCAGUUAUUGGAAAUGAAACACAGCUUGACGCAGGUUCUUCAUCACUAAACUCGACUGAUGAUAUCGUCGAAGUGUCUUAUUCUGACAACCAAACUCACUUAAGUAUCACCGCUGUCCUAAGUUACUGCAAACGAAAAAUUCUUAGUCCCUACCUGCUCUUCUUAAGUCUGAUGGGUUUAAGACCCCUCGCAUUGGAAAGAUACGAAACAAGCAUAUUUUGCGACAUCCUUAGUUACGUGUAUAUGUUCGUGAUAACAACAUUCAUGGUAUUCGGAUAUAUUUUACAAUAUAUGGCGUGUUUUCGAAGAGAUCGAGGAUUCUGCUAUUCGUUUAAUAGUCAAAGUGAUAUUUCAGCCAAUAUAAUAUACUCUGAAUGGGGCAUCGACAAACAAGAGAGGUUCAACAGAAUAUGUCAUGGCUCUUUGGUUUUCACUUUCAUUGUGCCAAAUUGUCUUCAUUUAUUUGGGUAUUUGUAUGCGGUUUAUGUUAUAAGAUCCUCUGAUGAUGAUCAAUUACCUUGUUUAAUGGAAAGAGUAUUUGUAUCCUGUUCUUAUAUUUCAAACGGAUUUUUGAAUCAAAAACGUCUCGUAAAAAUACUCUGGUUCUCAAUUUUUCUGGGACUUAUCUGGAUAAUUCUUUCCUUAAUUUCCAUAAUCCUUUUGUUGUUACAAGAUGGAAUCUCAUUUAGAUGGUUAGAAAACAGUUCGAGUAUUACAGUAGUGCUAUUAAAAAUACUACUUGUAACGUGCACUUUUUUUCACGAUAUGGUUCAAGCCACAGUGAUUUCUUGUUAUUGUUUACAAGCCCAAUUACUUACUUCAUACUUGCAGUUUUUAAAAGCAAAGUUACUCGAAUCUCCAGUGCAAGCAAUCGAAUGGAUGAGGGAAAUAUACGAGUUUAAGAAGCUACUGAGAUACCUUAAUGAAGAUUUGGCGCCACCAAUGUGCUUCUUCACAUUUAUAAAUCUAGCAUGGACAACCACAGGAAUUUUAUGGUCCCUUGGCUAUGACCAUAUUGAUGUCAUAACGGUUCCUGUAUUAGGAAUCAAUAUUUUAAUAAUAACCUUAUGGGCUGCUUUAUCUCUGGCACCUUUUUUUCAGGCUGCCAGGCUAACAAACGCAUGUAAAUUAAUAAAAGGUGUUGGACACGAAGUGCGAAUAAGACCCUUUGUGCACCAAGAUACACCUGCCCAUGACUUAAAUUCCCUACUUUUAUUCGCCUCCAGCUUAGAUAUUGAAGCUAAAAUAUUUAGAGUUCCAAUACAUGGUCGUUAUCUGGCCGCUAUCAUUACAACGGCCGCGAUAUUAAUUCUAAUUUUGGGAGAAAUUCAUUAUUUAAGUUAAUACUUCAGGUAAACAAAGGGAGUCUUCCUUUUAAUACAAGUAUUAAAUUCCAUGUUUACUAUUUUAAAUGUUGUACUUAAUAGUAUUAAAGAAAGUGUUGUAACAUUUGUUGUAAGGGAAAAUUAUUU